ACACAGAUAAGUGGAGGGUUGGUGUCUGUCAUUGUGAUGUGAACCCGAGGCUGAAGUCCAGCUGUGACUGGGCAGGAGAGGCCAGGUGAAAAGACCCGCAAUUCAGUGAGCUGAAUCUGAGCAGUCGACGGCCUUGUUUGCAUUCUGGUACUUUUCCUUCAGUAUUUAAUACAGUUGGAGGCGAUUCAGUCUGUCACCUCGUACAGGGGUCUUUACUGGAGCAAAGGAAAGUGAAGGAUGAGGUGUUUGAGGUGCUGGGUGCCAGCAGCAGCAGCCCUGCUGCUGCUUAGUGCCGCUGGAGUUAACAUGGAGCAUCUCCAGGCUCAGAACCUGCACCUGCUUCCCCCCGAUGAGCACAUCCUGGUCCGGAACCGCGAAAUGAGAGUGCUGCCCAGAGAUUGUCAUGAAAUGCUGAUGAUCUCUUCAGGCCAGGCCAGAGAUGGGGUGUACCUGAUUCAACCAGGUGACUCGCCUAUUGCGGCCUACUGUGCCAUGCAGGAAGGGGGAUGGACUGUUGUGCAGCAUAUCACCGUCAACAGCAGCGUGAAUUUCGAUGGUACCUGGGCUGAGUACAAGCACGGCUUUGGUGGUGUCUCCGGGGAUCACUGGCUUGGGAAUGAAUACCUUCAUCAGCUCACACGCGGCCCUGGGCGCUACAAACUAGGAGUAAAGCUAGUGGACCCAGCCGCCAUCACCAAGAUGGGGGAGUACGACCCCUUUCUAGUGGAGGACGAGGCAUCGGCAUACAGGUUGAGGCUGGGGUUGUUCCAUGGCACAACUGUAGACGCUUUGACCCUGGACACAGAGAACUACCUGCACGACAACCAGAAAUUCACCACUAAAGACAGAGACAACGACAACUACUUCCAAAACUGCGCCAAGCUGGAGUUUCAGGGGGUGCCCGGGGGAGGCUGGUGGUACGAUGCCUGUGCCGGUGCCAAUUUAAAUCGCAGGAAUGUUAUCUACUGGCAAAAGGACUGCAACAAGGAGCGACUGUGCAAAUACGCAUGGAUGAUGGUGAAACCUUCAGACACACUUAAACUGGUUCACAGCAGAGACUGCAAGAAGGAUGAGCUAUGAGGCUCUUACACUUUGUGACACUAUAGGUCCGUUAGGGCUAAAUGACAAACAUUAAGGACUAAGCUUUCAGGGUUUUUUUUCUUUUACUGUCCAACAAAUACUACAAUUCAUGAAAUUUUCUCCAAAUAGCUGUUAUGUUGGACAUUGAAUUCGCAACAUUUUAUUUAGAAAUGAAUGGACAUAAUCACAAAGUACAGAAAAGAGCAAAAAAACUAACAACAAACUUGAAACACACACACAAAAAAAAAUGCAUUACUGUUUUUACUAUUUUCCACCAAGUCAUCACAUGGAGCAAAGCAUGUCUUUCAUUCCCCAAAUUGCAAGUGCAGGUUUCUGUUUUAUCACAGUAACAAAGUGUUUCAUGACAUUUAGCUUAUGACACAGGUAAACUAUACUUUGCAUCCUUUGCGUCAUCCUCCACCCAAUGCCUACAGAAAGGAACACGUCACAAAUAAACAGUAUUUUUUUGUCACAGUACAUUAAAAGUUUACCAGGAAUACAAUAAAGAUAUGAUGACAAAUUGAUUUAGUCACAGAAAACAAAUACUGUAUUUCACUACUCAAAGACAAUUUUUUUUUUUUUAAAUCCUGAGGAUGAGAAAUGAACAGAUUAUAACAAACUAUGUGUGCUCUUUAAUCUCCCAUACCAUUCUCAAUGUAAACAAUGAUAUUGUUUCGCGAGUUUGACGUGUAGUUUGAGUAAAAUGAGAAACAAGUCUUUUAUUUGGUAGGGUAGACCAGUAAGUUUCAGUUUGGUGUUAUUUAUACAUUUUUGCAAUUUAAUUCAUGGACCAAUUGUGUUGUUGUGUUCUCACUGAGAUUUUUAAGGACAACAAAUGCAGAACAUCUCACAAAUGACAACGGCACAUGUGAAAAGGCUUUGAUUAUCAUCAAGUUACAAUCUCGACUUCGCAAGCAGAUUCCAACAUCAAGACGACACGUAGUAGCCCUUUAAAAUAAAAUUGCAACUCCAUAUUCAUAUUCAUCCUCACUUACAAACACAGUACCUACAAUAUUGAACAGAUGGAAUAGUUUAGGUGUAAAGCUUAAGCUUGGGGAGAGGCGUGUUUUAUUAGUCAAUUAUUAGAUCGGACCAAUUUUAUUAUGGUUUCAGAUAUCCAACAGUGCCUAUUGAAUAAAAAUACAGUACAAUAUGAAAUAAUCUGUGUAAUAGUCUAUGGCAUUUUGUGUAUUAGAGCACCAAUUUUGGGGGGAAAUGCUAUUUUUUAAUAUUUUGGAAUCUAUGUACAGUAUCGUUGAUUAAAGUGUAUUUGGCCAAAUA